AUGGGCGGACAAUCUGUCGUCGAGCUUCGUUGCAAAUGCAAAAAUGAUCCUUGGGGAAAGAAAGGCGAGGAUUCCCUUGCUGCCAGGCUCUGCUUCAAACAACCGGGAACAGACUGGAAGAUCGAUAGUAACCAGACAUAUUCCGAGAUGUGGAUGGGCACCUAUCCCUCCGUCCCAUCAUACGUCGUAGGAACCGGUGAGACACUCGAAGAGUAUUUGAAUAAAAAUCCGAAUCUGGUCGGGGAGAAGAUUGUGAAGAAGUUUGGUGGAGGUUUACCUUUCCUACCAAAGAUAUUGUCGAUAGACAAGGCCCUUCCUCUACAGAUACACCCGGACCGCAACCUCGCUGAACAACUCCAUAAGCAAGAUCCCGAUAAGUUCACGGAUACAAACCAUAAACCUGAAAUUGCGGUUGCACUUUCACAAUUCGAGCUUUUUGCCGGUUGGAAGCCGCUCAAUGAUUUAACACAACUCUUUCGAACUACACCUUUGAAGAAAUUCCUGCCAACACCGGACUCCCAUUUUAACGACGAAACCCUCAAAAUGAUAGCACAAAAUAUUCUCGAAGCUGAUGAGAAGACUGUUGCCGAUACAAUCAGGGAGCUAACCAAGUUGCCCGAAAUAUUCCGAGUCGACAAUGGGACACUUUUCGCGGCCGUGUGCAUGAACUACUUGAUUCUGCAGUACGGCGAAUCAGUUUAUGUCCCCGCUGACGGCAUGCAUGCGUAUAUAUCCGGUAACAUCAUGGAAUGUAUGGCUCGAUCCGACAACGUGCUCAACACCGGUUUCUGUCCCCGUGCAGACCGUGACAACGUUGCCUUAUUCUGUGAAGCUUUUACUGGAUGGCCUCAUGAUCCCGAUGAGGCUAGGUUGGGAAGGCAUCCUUCAAACAAGGGGCUCAAUGGGAAGACCGAGGAGUAUGCACCCCCCAUUAGCGAGUUCAAUGUCCUCGCAACCCAUCUCAAGGCCGGCGAGAGGGAAAAGAUCAGCCCGAUCGAUGGUCCGAGUAUUCUGUGUGUCACUAGUGGAGAGGGUAAGAUGACAGCCAAGGCUAGUGAAGGCAAGUCAUACAAACUAAGUGAAGGAUCCGUAUUCUUUGUGGCAUGUGGUGUUGAGCUGGAAUUUGAGGCGACUGGUGAGAAACUGGACGUCUUUAGGCCCUAUGCGGAGUGA